GAAGACACGAUAUCGUUUGCAAAGUUAUCAGAAAGUUACAGAUUUCUAUGUAUCGACCGAGCCAAAUCCAUUUCUUUUUUAAUACGAUAUUUUAUAUAUUAUUAAUAAUAAUUAUUUAAUUUCUAGUUUUACGAUGAAGACUCGAGAUACAAAUUUUGAAAAAUAUAUUGUAUAAUGUAAAUAUCCAAAGAUGAGAUAAACGAUAUUAUAGCAUAUGUAAUAUUAAUCAAUGUUUAAUUUUUUAUAAAAAAAAUGUGUAAUAUUAUUUCACUGUUAUACCUAUAUUAUCUUCUUUUAGAAAUGUAUUUAAAAAUCUCAAUUUUCCAUUGUUAUUACCUAUAACUAUUAAUUUCAUUUUUACAGAAUAUUCAAAAUUAUGAUUUACCUGCAUGAUUUGUUAUUUUUUCUAUUUUUCAUAUUUCUUUCUAUACAACACCGAACAGUUUGAUUUAGUCUCAACAAUUUCACAGAACGUACUACCAGCUUCAUCGUCCAUCAGGAAAAAUAUCCUAUGACAUAUGCUCCUAUCAUAUACUCUAUAAUCAGACAAAAUAUCCAUGCAGUUAUGACAGCUUUUAUCUUCAAUUAUCUUAAAAGACAUAGACAGAAAAUAGUAGAGACUAGUGAGUAAUGUCUACUAAUAAGGCUAACAUUUUCUAGAAAAAUAUCCAAUUCGUAAGAGGAUAAUAUACAACUAGAGACAAGCGAAAGUUUCUUCGUGACGUUUGCAAAAAUACACGAGUCAUAAGUGGUCGAGCAAAAUGCAUACGAAGUCGAAGGAUUCAUCAUAUGUCUGGAUAAAUCAACAUUAUAAAUUAAGGAUUCUCAGUAUCAAUAUGCUCAAGUGAGUAAAACAAAAGAAAAUUGUAGGCGCGUAAAAUAAAAAAUUUUUUUAAUUUUAACAAAUGAUAUAAAAAAGAAAAAAAAAAAAAGAUAAAAACUACGUUUAAUGAAUGUAAAGAAUUCGUAGUUAAUUACGGAUAUAUGUCUGUUUAAUUUAUUUUUAAUGAAUUAUACUACAUUAUUUAUAUAACAAUAUCUAUUUUUAUGAAUUUUGUAUAAUAAUAAUUAUAUAAUAUAAUUUUUAUAUAAACAAAUCUUUUAUUGUAAUCGAUAUAACACAGAUGGGUUGGCUUAUGGACACUUGAAUCGAAUACUUCGUCUUUCUUGAAAUGCAUUUACUAUAUUUACAACAAAAUCGCAGUCAGUGCAAUGAUAAUAUUUGCGAUAACACUUUUCGCUGAUAUUUGCAUGAUGCUUGACGAUCUAUCAAUAGUGACAGACGAUGGUUGUAUAUUUGCUGGAAUCACUGUAGUUCUUUUUAACGUGAUCAAUUGUCAAUUCACACGGGAUAGGAUUGCUCGACUGAGUUAUGAAACGUUGAACUCUUGCGAGGAACUUUGUCAAUUGUCUGGUAAAUAUUUUCACUUCAAUAAUAUAAUGUCAAAAUUAUUUUUCAUAGAAGUCAACUUUACAGAAAAAUUAAAAUAUUAUUUAUGGCGAGAUAAAAUACCAUUUUACAGUUUCUGUUCAUUGGGUUAUCUUUUGGUAAUUGCUUUGAUAUUUGUUACACCAACAGAAGAUGGAAGUUUACCGAUAAGAGCACGUUAUCCUUUUGACAUCAAGACAUCACCAGGACACGAAAUAGGCUUCGCUGUAGAAGCUUGUAGCAUAUUUUUUGGCGUAACUGCAAUUUUAGCGAUUGAUACCAUAAUUGUAUCUAUUUGUAAUUUGAUUCUCUUGCAAUUAGAGAUACUAAAUAUGAAUUUUCAAAAUUGUUCAACAACAGAGAUCAAAUGUUUUAUUGAUAAAAACGAUGAUAAUGUGAUCGAAAAAGAUCGAUCGAUAAUGAUCCAAAAGAGAAAACCUCGAUAUCGAUUCGAAGAACUCUUUAAACAAUACAUUCAACAUCAUCAACGUUUGGUGACCAUGAUCGAUGAUUUAAAUGAUCUAUUUAAUUCUAGCAUGUUGGUUCAAAUGUUUUCGAGUACUUCGAUGAUAUGCUUAACUGGAUUUCAAGCUAUUGUGGUCUCUGGACAAGAUUCAAAUUUUUGGAAAUAUUCAAUUUACUUAGGUGCUGCUGUUAGUCAACUUCUUUAUAUAUGUUGGAUAGGAAAUGAAAUGAUAACUCACAGUUCAUCAUUGGCCGAAGCACAAUGGCUUUCUCAGUGGCAUGAUCAACCAUUCGAUCGAACUGCAAAUUUAUUAAUAUUCUCCUCCAUGUUCUCGCAAAAACCAUUGAGAUUGAAAGCAGGCAAAUUUUAUACAUUAUCUUUGGAGACAUUUAUCGCUAUAAUGAAAGGAUCGUACUCCUUCUUCGCUCUACUGAAUAGCAUGCAUUUGGAAGACGAUGGAUGACUUUAUUCAGUAUAUGAAUUCUAUUUAAAUCGUGAUCAACGACGAUUCAUUAUAGUUGAACAAUUUCAUUUUACUCACGUAUUAUAAUAAAACGUGGGUAUAUAUAUGUAGUAUAAUAAAUAUAAAAUAAAAAUUUUUAUUCGAUUGUCUUAAUAAAAAGCCUCGUUCUAAUUUUGAACGAAAAUCGAAUUAAAAUUGUAUGUAUAUGUGUGUAUGUAUAUAAGUAAACUUUUUUUUACGAUCCUCGAGUACUAUCAAGCUCAUAAUAAUUUAUUAAAAAAUUAUUCAUUAUUAUAUUAUUAUAUUAAAUAUUUAUAGAAGGAGAAGGAGAGAUAAAAAUUUAACAAAA